CCUUCCUUGUACCACAUGGGCCCUAUGUCUCCUGUCAGGACUUUGCGGCUUUGGGGGCCUCGGAGCCUGGGGGUAGCUCUGGGCAUCUUCAUGACCAUCGGCUUUGGCCUCCAGCUCUGGGGGGGACCCUUCCAGAGGAGGCUCCCUGGGCUGCAGCUUCGACAGCCCUGGGCCCCAUCCCUGGGACCAGACGUUCAGUCCUGCAUCCCUCGGCAGCACCUUGUGUUCCUGAAGACACACAAAUCUGGAAGCAGCUCCGUGCUGAACCUGCUUCAUCGCUAUGGGGACCGACAUGGGCUGCGCUUCGCCCUCCCUGCCCGCUACCAGUUUGGCUACCCAAGACUUUUCCAGGCCUCUCGGGUCAAAGGCUACAAUCCCCAUGGUGGAGGUACCCAGCCCUCCUUCCACAUCCUCUGUCACCAUAUGAGAUUCAACUUGAAAGAGGUUCUUCAGGUCAUGCCUCCAGACAGCUUUUUCUUCUCCAUUGUCCGAGACCCAGCAGCUUUGGCCCGCUCAGCCUUUUCCUACUAUAAAUCCACCUCAUCAGCCUUCCGCAAGGCACCAUCUUUGGCUGCCUUCCUUGCUAAUCCUCGAGCCUUCUACCGACCUGGUGCCCGUGGAGACCAUUAUGCCCGCAACUUACUAUGGUUUGACUUUGGCCUGCCCUUCCCUCCAGAGAUGAGGACCAAAGGAGGGAAUCCCAAUCUCCUUAAAGACUCCAACUCUCUCCAUAUACAUGUCUUACCUUCUGGUGCUGGCUCUAGAGCCCAAGUGCCAGAUCCUAAUGCUCUUUUCCAGCCUGUUCCCACAGUAGCUGAUGGCCACAGCCAGCCAGCCAGCCCUGCCACUUUAGAUUUGGAAUCUUCAUCCUUCAUCCAAUGGGGUCUAGCCUGGCUAGAUUCUGUCUUUGACUUGGUCAUGGUAGCUGAAUACUUUGAUGAAUCAUUGGUCCUGCUGGCAGAUGCCCUGUGCUGGGGUCUGGAUGAUGUGGUAGGCUUCAUGCACAAUGCUCAGGCUGGAGGUGGGCAGGGUCACAGUGCUGCCAGCAACAGUGAAUUGACUCCUGAUGAUCAGCUGCUGACUGCACGUGCACGAGCCUGGAACAACUUAGACUGGGCUCUCUAUCUCCACUUCAAUCGUAGUCUCUGGGCACGGAUAGAACAAUUUGGUCAGAGAAAGCUUCAACGUGCUGUGGCAGAGCUCCGGGCACGAAGAGAGGCCUUGGCUAAACAUUGCCUGGUGGGAGGUGAGGCUUUAGACCCCAAGUACAUCACAGAUCGUAAGCUCCGUCCCUUCCAGUUUGGAUCCUCUAAGGUUUUGGGCUAUGUACUUCAGAGUGGACUGAGCCCCCAAGACCAGGAAGAGUGUGAACGCUUGGCUACCCCCGAGCUACAGUACAAGGACAAGUUGGAUGCCAAGCAGUUCCCCCCUAUAGUCACACAGACCCUCAAGACUUCAAGGCUACUUUCCCCAUAGGCAUCAGACUACAAAAUAUGCAUGACACAUGCGAUGAUCAACCGUGGAGGAGGCCAGAAGCAAUCUUUGCUUCUCUUGCAGGGGCUGAAACGUUGCAGGCCUCAGGCCUCAAGUCUUCUGGCCUUGGCCUGAGAACCACAGCAGCAACUCUCUCCAGGAUGUCCAUUUUGUUCCUUCUCCUUCCCAACCCCGAAGGCAGGUCCAGGUGGUGGUGCUCUUCAAAGCCCCCAGGAGGGGAAGAAAGAUGGCGUGCCUCAGGGAAAGUUUGGGGCCUGGGG